UAAACGUGCAAUCUGUAAGUACGAAUACCGUACUUCCCAUCCUAGCUUGUUCCGCCGUUCAAUAUCAUCAACACUGCGCGAGGACACCAUGGCAGUCAGACACCUCCUGCUUUGCGCUGCAUUGUUCUGCCUUGUCGUGACCGGCAACGCCGUUCCGGGGAGGCAGCUCCAUCACCGAAGCAAGUACACGUGGAAGGACUUCGCCGCUCUGGGACAGUUUGCCGGAACUCUCGCCACGCCAAUGAGCGGCAAGCAGGUCAGCGGCGGGAACAAGAAGGACCACGGAAUGAUCCGAAUGUCCGUUUUCAAGAAGGAUAGCGACUAUAACGUUUACUACAACGGCAAAGUCGAUCUGAAGGAUUCGGGUUACCCGACGACCGUCGGCAUUUUCAAGGGGGCAAAAGGGCGAGACUGGAACGCUGGCGUUUGACUUCACUGCGGACGCCACGUGGACGAACGACACGUGGAACCCCGUGUUCCCGGUUUUCCGGCAAUUCGUGAACAGCUUCGACUACAGCUUCGAGGGUAUUUACGAGAAGGCGAGCACCAAGGUCGCGGAGACGGGGCACGCUUAAGGACCUUAUCGAUGCCAUGUUCAACGAGGGUGCGAGCUCCUACUAUGGGCUCGUGACCACUGUGGCGCACGCGACUGGGCGACGCGCGGACAGUUCUUCGGGUUCAAGCUUUCCAUCUGAAUAACGGAUUUUCAAAAUCGAAAAACGGAUCGAUGAAACUCGUUUCUCAGGCUGGGUUUGGGAGGAUUUCAAGUUUGUGGGGUGCUUUGUCUUGGGGAUUGUGGGUGGGUUGGCUUGUGUCAACCUCUUGACACGAUUUGGUGUACGGUACUUCGGAAUAAAAGUGAGUGCGCUGUGCUAAACCGUCCGUCGGUGUGUCCCACAUGGGCACUUUCUCCCAGAUUGAAUCGUCUCAGGCUGAUGAUAAGGUUGUGAUUCCGAGAGUUGUGAUUGAGGGUUUGAU